AUGAUUAAACAAUCAACUAUUCGCUUUUUAUUUCAGAUGAUUUACUUUUCGAAUUUUUGGAACACCUUCAUUGCCUAGUACUAUAUUAAUCUUAGUCUAUAUUAAGAAGUUAACUAGAUAUUUUUUUAUUUAAUAAUGACGAUAUUGAAGAUUAUUUGUCCUGCAUUAAGUGGUUUUAUAAUAGAUCAUGUUUAAUUUACAUUGAAUAUCUUAUUUAUAGGAUAAUGGUUAACAAUAGUUUCUUACAUUUAUUUUUUAGCAAACAUUUUAAGAGAAAUAGAUGAUUAUUUAUACUUUGCUAUUGGUUUUCAAAUUUUAGGGCAAUAAUUAUAAAUAGUCAUUAUAUUAACUAUGAUUUCAAAACAUUUUACUGAAAGCUAAAUUCCUUUGUAUGAUUCCAUAAUUAAUAAUUAGAUAAAUUACGAGAUUUUAUUAAUAUGAUUAUGGUGGUCGAAUAUUGUGCAGUAUGAUAUUUUUUAUCUAAGCAUUCAACAACAAAAUAGAAUGGCUUUAAUAUGAAAAGAAAGUUUUAAUAAUUAUAUCAAUCAUUCCCUUCGUAAUACUAUUGUCUUUAGCAUUAUGUAUUUAUAGAUCAUUUCCAAUAUUUCGUUUGGAUAUUUAUAAAAAAAUUCCAGAAUUAGAAAAAAGUCCAAUGGGAUAAUAGAACAAUCUUUUGUAAGUGAUUAAAGAUUUAUGCAAGACUGAAAUAAUUCUAAUUGUUAUUGCGGCUAGUUCAGUAAUGAGUAUAAUAUAAAUUUGGCAGAAAUAAUUGCUGACUAAAUUUUAUGGUUACUUUAACAACAUUUAUCAUGAAUAACAAUCAUCAACAACUAUUUUAUUUGGUUUUGCAAUUUUUGAAAUUCCUGCAUUCAUUUGUAAAAAUAAUUUAAAAUUUAGCUAUUUUCGUUGCUGAAAGAGUAGGUAAGAAAAUUAAAACUAAUUUUGAUGCACUUUAAUAUUUAAAUGAUGCAACGUCUAACUCUUUAAUUUAUUUUAUACUAAGUGCUCUUUAAAUAGCCUGUAAACAUAGUAUGAUGGGUCUUUAAAUAUUCCUUUUAAUUCUAACUUUAAUAAUGUAGCAAUAGAAUCUAACAAUUUUAUCUGUAAAUAUUAUAUUUAUAAAUCAGAUUUCAAGCACUAUAUUAAUAGGAGUGAAAAAAAAUUAAAGAACUUUUGGGGUAUCAUUUGGAAUGUUAUCAAUGUUUACUAAUUUAUUUGAAAUUUGGGUUAUUUGUGUUUUGAGUUAGUUAAAAGUUGAAAAUACUAUUUUAUCUAUACAAAAAAUAGCAGUGAUCUAUGGUUUUGCAAUCUGUUAUUGUAUUUUAGGUGCUACUCUAGCUAAAAUGCUUUAAUUCGUAAAUCAAAUAAAAAUUGAACAAGCCCCUCUAAGUCUUUAAGCACUUGAAUUAAUAAACAAUUGA